AUGGGACUGAAUGUUGUUGUCGUCGGCGCAGGCCUCGGUGGCCUGGGUGCUGCAAUCGCAUUGAACCGACAAGGGCAUAACGUCACGGUAAUUGAGAAGUCUGGCUUCCUCAACGAGGUCGGUGCUGCCAUUCAUGUGGCCCCGAAUGCGACUCGUAUCUUGAAAAGCUGGGGUUGUAACCUGGACUGGCUGAAUCCCGUUCACUGCGAGAAGCUGCAAGUUUGGGAUUCCAACGGGAAACUUUUGUGGACUCCUGUCAUCACAGAAGAGGUUCGCAAAAAAUUGAACGUGCACGAUGAAUGGAUUCUCACUCAUCGGGUGGAUCUGCACAAUGCUCUGCGUGCUACGGCGGCUCAGGUUAUUGACGGCCGCAAGGUUGAUAUCCGACUGUCCUCACCCGUCUUGUCCGUGGAUGCUGCCAAGGGAGAGGUCCUCCUGGAAGAUGGAACCAAGUACACUGCUGACUUGGUUGUCGGCGCCGACGGUGUUCAUUCUCGCUCCGUAAGAGCCAUCAUGGGUGAACACAGAGGUAUCGUCAACACUAGACAAAAAUGCUUCCGAUUCCUGGUGCCCAUCGAAGCGAUGAACAGCAACCAACUCACGUCCGGCCUGCUGGAAAGAAUCGGAGUCAACGGUGUUCACGUUUUCUCAACUCAAGACCGCCGCCUCGUGAUUUACCCCUGCCGUCGAGGCGAAUUGCUCAACUGUGCCGGAAUUUAUUCCAUGAGCCCAGAGGAAGAGGAAGAAGGAGAGUCCUCAUGGCAUUCUGCAGGCAGCGUGAGUCAACUGGUUGCCACCUUCAGCGGGUUCGCUCAAGAUCUCCUUGAGAUGUGUAAGAUGGCCGAGGAUGUGAAACUUUGGAGCCUGGAGUCUCGAGAGCCGGCACCUACAUUUGUCAAAGACAAGCUUGCCAUGAUCGGCGAUGCAGCUCACCCCAUGCUUCCUCACCAAGGGCAAGGCGCAGCCCAAGCGUUUGAAGAUGCUGCUGCUCUCGCUGGAGUAGUAACGGCGGACACUACCCCGGAUCAGCUUUCACAGCGCCUUGGUCUGUACAAUGAAGCUCGGUACGCGCAUUCGGUCACAGUCAUGAUGAUGUCUAGAACGAAUGAUGAGCGACGGGGGGAAAUGAUGGAUGAGCUCCGCCGAUUCGUUCCAGACGCAGAGCUUCCCAAGAAUAUGUUUGCAUUCACGUGGCCUUCAGAUCCAGUGAAAGAGGCUGCGCAGCUCGUGGCGAGAGAAAUCUCGUAG